ACAAAAAUAACCUGACUGAAGGUACUUUAGAGCUGCUGCAGAAAACACCCUUUGCAACGCUGAUAGAUGCAUUCCAUGGAGGUUCAAUUAAAGAAAAGGAUGCAAAGAAAUCAGAUGAUUUAAUCACACUUCUGCUACAAGCAUACAACAGUGACACAGACCUUUUUGUGUUUGGGAACAGGAAAUUCAGAAUGUCAACAAGUGAUAUAUCUAUGAUUUUAGGAGUGCCGGCAUCCGGGUUAUCAGUACCAAAGACCAAAGAAGGGGCAUACAAAUCUGAGUUCGUGACUAAAUACUUUGACAAAAAGCAGAGGAUCAACAAGGCGGCUGCAGAGGAAGCUUUGAAGAAGGCAUUGGCAGAAACUCCAGAAACAGGGGAUGAAAAAACGAAACGGGACAGAAAUGUUGCCGUAUUAGUACUCUUGAACCUUUUCAUCAAACUCCUGUUCCCAAACUCUGGAGGAACAAUAUCUUGGGACUAUAUAAGAGUAUGUGAAGAGGUGGAAAGUCUGGGAAAAUAUAGCUGGGCAAAGGAAGUUGGCGACUUCCUUAAAAAAUCAAUUAAACGAAAGGCAAAAGAAUCCCAAAACAUGGCAGGUUGCGUGAUAUUGGUGAUGGUAAAUUCCCGUAACUUGUUAAAAAUUUGUUUAUGCAUCAUUUUGCUGUCGUAUGCUGUUGUAAGUACAAAAACUAGAUCAGUGUCAUGUCACUGUUAAGGUCACUGGACAGGUAACUGGCUAGGUCACUGUUAAUGUUACUGUCAAGUUUUUGUCACUGACAAUGUCACUGUUGUAUUUGCAUAUGUCAUUGGUUAUGUUUGUGAUAUUCAUAUGGGUAAGCAGCUGUUUGAAAAAUAACUAACUAGUUUUCUAUUUUUAUUUUUUAUUUUCCAAACAGUAUUGGUUUUGCCACAAGACAGGAGUAGUGCCGCCAAUCUCUGGAAGAGAAACCGAAAAACACGGAAUAAGAAAGUGGCAGUUAAAGACCCUGAUAGAAAAAAAAGGGGAUUUCAACACCAUGGGAAAGUUGAAGAAAAUCUUUGAUAAAGUUAAAGAAGAUGCAGAGGAAGAAGAUUCUGAGUCUAAUACAGACACAGAAAGUAAAGAAAAAGAGAAUGAUGGGCAAGAAGAUAUUGUUGAAAAUAGAACCAGUGGAAACAUUAAGGAUGAGAAGAUGGAGACAGAGAUAGGGAAGAACAAUGAAGAGAAGAAGGAAUUACAGAGAAAGCUGGAGGGAAAGGAAGAAGAGCUAAGUGCUUUGAAAAAAGAAGUUGAGGAGAAGGACAAGGAAAUUGGCAGAAUAAAUGAAGAGAAUGAGGAUGUGUUAUUGGAAAAUGAGGUGCUGAAAAUUGAGAAAGCCUCACUAAUUAACAGAGUGAAGCACUUGGAGGGCAUAGUGAUGGCACUAACUGAGAAGUUUGAGUCGCCAAUAGCACGUCCAGGUGAUGACAACGACUCAACUCCUCCUCCCCCACCACCUAGUUUCCCUCCGCCAAAACCAAAGGCCCCUCAGGACUAG